AUGUUUAAAAAAAAAUCAGUAGUAAUUAAUGGUGGUACUCAACCACGAGCAAAAUCACCACCUGGUAAUAAACGAAAUGGUAUUACAUCUCCAAGAUUUUAUGAAAUUCUUGAUUAUGUUGCUUCGAGGAUGAAUGUUCCUUUACAAUUUGGUACUUUUAUGAAACGACGUUAUAGUAAAGAUGACAUAUCAUCUCCUGCUGAUUUUGAACAUCUUAUUCAUACUGAAAGCGAAGCGCAAGCACAAGAAAUAUUAUUAUAUUGGAGUGAGAAUCCUACUGGAAAUAAGAUGCCAGAUACUAAAAUACAAUAUAAAACAUUACCAAAUUUAUUUAUUGGAAAAGAUGGUAAUAAUAAUUCACUUAGUGAUAUACAAGAAAAUAGUACAGGAACUGUUAUCGUUAAGAAUUCCGGAUCAUUAAAUAAUCAAUAUUCUGAUACAUCAUUACAAAAUAUUGUUCCAUCAUUGGCAACAAUUGAAAAAUCAGUUGCCACUAAAAUUUAUUUUGAAAAUUAUUUUUAUGGUAUUCUUAAGAAACCAUCAGGACGUGCUAAAAGACGUUUACAACUUGAAACAGAACUUGAAAAGAUGGCAAUAUCUGAUAAAGAUAAACGUGAAAUUCGACAAGAAUGGCUUACAUUAGAAUCGGAUUAUAUGCGUCUUUUACGUAAAAAAAUUACUAUUAAUGCAUUUCAAAUGAUUAAAACGAUAGGUCAUGGUGCUUUUGGUGUUGUUAAACUUGUUCGUGAAAAAAAUACUGGUAUAUUAUAUGCAAUGAAAAUAAUGAGAAAAGCUGAUAUGUUAAAAAAAGGUCAAGAAGGUCAUAUACGUGCUGAAAGAGAUUUAUUAACAGCUGCAUCUGAAUCUGCUAGAUGGAUAAUAAAAUUGAUUUAUUCUUUUCAAGACGCUGAUCAUUUAUACCUUGUUAUGGAAUAUAUGCCUGGUGGUGACUUAUUGAAUUUACUUAUCGAGAGAGAUACUUUUACUGAAAAUUUUGCUAAAUUUUAUAUCGCUGAAAUGCCUGAUAACUUCCUUUUUGAUCGUGAUGGACAUAUAAAACUUUCAGAUUUUGGAUUGGCUACGGAUUUUCAUUGGGCACAUGAUUCAUCAUAUUAUGAUCAACAACGUCGUGAUCUUUUACGUAAAACUGGUGUUGACGUUGAAACUGAUACACUUUCAAGAUUAAUGGGAAAAAAAUAUCAAUCGACAAAAUGGUUAAAUAAAUGGUCUGAUGAUUCGGAUUCUGAUAAUGAUGUCCCUAAAACUCGUAUUUUAAGUUGGAGAGAUAAACAUCGUAAGAAUAUGGCUUACUCUAUUGUUGGAACAAAUAAUUAUAUGGCUCCUGAAGUUUUAAGAGGAUCAGGUUAUGGCCGAGGUUGUGACUGGCAAGUAUAUCUUAAUCUAUAA